CAACAGGCUAUCCAAGAGCGACGCAAAUCAGCGCUUACUACACCCGACCCUUUCUUUGCACAGGUACCAGGACUGCGACGGUUGUCUGUCGCACCCACCACGCCCUCUGCUCAUAUCAACGCGAGCGAUGGGAACACACUACGGAAACUGCCCUCCCUGCUGGACUCUGCCGUCCGCACGGUCAGUGGACGCAGUGCAUCUCCCACUAAGUUGGGUGAGAGGAGUGUAUCGCCAACCAAAUUCGGGGGGAGAAGCACAUCACCGACGAAGUUCGGAGAGGGAAGCGCAUCUCCAACGAAAGCACCCACCCUCUCGCGUCCGGCAUCCCCUAUGAAGCUCUUCUCUUCCCCUACCAAACCGUUUGAAUCGCCUGCGAAGGCGUACACGCCAUUCGGGCGUCCUCCAUCGCCUUUGAAGGCACCACUGACGCCGCAUAGCGAAGAAGAUGAGGAGGACACGCGGAGUUUGUUGGAUCGGAUGAAGCGGACUGUGGAGGAGAUGAAACGGCGUAGGAGCGUGGGUCCAUUUGGGGAGGAUGAGCGGGAGGAUGAGGAUGGCGAGGAUGCAGAAGACACAGUGGGUGCUGAGCAGCGUAUGGAUGUUGAUGACAACGCAGAAGAAGACAUCGAUGGGGAACAACAAACAGGGGAAGAAGAAGAAAACAGUGAUAAAGAGAACGGCCUUGCAUCUGUGCUUCGAGAACCCGAAUCCUCUUCUCGCCCUGAACCUGAAGUCGAGAUGAGCGACCCAUCCGAGCACAUGCCUGCGCCUCUCUCGCCGACGCGUAUUGCGCUUGACCUUGACCUCGAGCUGGAGAGGACACCGCUGCCCCAGCUCACGCGACCCACCUCCCGCGCACAGCACAAGACCGCAACGUCGUUUUCUGGGCCGCAGACACCCGCUCUCGCGUCACUCAAGCAUCUCUUCCCCCCACCGGCGCCGGUGCCAAGUACGCCAGCGGUGAAGAGCAUGCGUACACUGUUCCGUGAGACUGGCAAGGGUGUCGGGAUGGGGAUGGGAGAGGAUGUGUUGGAGGGUGUCGGGGAAAUGAUGGUUACACCUGAAGGGUAUCGUGCGCGUGUAGAGGAUGUGGAUGAACGGGAGGGUGCGAAGGAAGGGAAGGAGCAAGCAAACAGGAUAGAGACGGAGGAGCAACGCAAACCAACGAGAACUACCUCCCGCAAGACCCCUGUUCCCGUUCCUGCCUCUGGACCUACUGCUACAGCAGCUCGUCGCCGCACGAGGACUACUACAGUCACGGGAGCUACUGCCUCCAAGGAUAGGGAGCCAUCUACUUCCAGGACUGUUUCGCGUGCGGAGAUAGUUCCUUCAAAAAGGGUGCCGGUGGCAUCUCUCAAACGCACAGAGAAAGAGAAAGAAAAGGCAAAAAUGCCAGAACCAGCACCAGAACCAGAGCAUGCGCCCGAACCAGAUGCAGAAGACGAAGCAGAAGCAGACGACGAAAUUAUGGAUAUCCUCCCUCAGCCUGCUGCACAAAAGAAACCUGCGAGAGCGCGUCUGCUUCGCGCACGCAAGGAGGUCGCUGCUGAGAACUCGGUAUGCAUCCUCACGACUCUAAGUCUUAUGGAUAGCUAUUAAUGAUAUUUUAUUUAGGAUGAAGAGCCCGCUGCUGCACCGAAGAUGCGAGAUGCCAGUACUGAGCCCAGGAUGCGUGCUGCUAGUACCGAGCCUAGGGCUCGUGUAACUACUACUACAAGAAAAGCGAAAACGGAUGUUGUAGAAACGGUACUU